AUGGCUGCCGAGGUCCCUUCACAGGCACCUCAGACCUAUGGGUUCUCCCUGUAUCCAGAAUUGCCCCAGUCUGGAUCUGACUUGAUACCCCUGCCGCAGCGCGUCAAUGGCCCAAAGUUGAAGCCAUUUGAUUUCCAGGGCCCUCAACAAAUAGAAUUCCUAGACCAUCUUGGGCAAGGCUUGCAUUCGGAGGUUAUCAAGGUCAGGAUUUUGGGGCAGAUAUACGCGCUAAAACUCUUCUCGUUCUCACACGAGUACGACUGGAUGGGUCCCGCACUCUCUGGUCGGUACAACAAAGAGAACCGUAUGGAAGCAAUCGUUUUCUACGAGUACCUGGAUCCGUUCAACAACGAAUGCCGUGCUUUUGGCCGCCUCCACGAGUCCGGCCACUCUGAGCUGGCUGUCGAGUGUUACGGCUAUGUGCUCCUCGACGAGGAUCAUGAACGCACCCUGAGGGACCGCUUCCCCGACCGCAAGCUAGAUUGGAUUUUCCAAGACGACUCUGGAAGUCGGCGCCAAGAGUUCCUGACAAAAGACGGCAAGCCACCUCCGAUCCGAGCCAUUGUAAAGGAGUUUGGAAGUGGCGUGGACAAGUUGCGGGACCGGCAAUUGAGAAAGACCCUCAAGGAUACUAUUCAAUUGCAGCAGCUUGGUAUGAUCGGAAUCGAUGUGGCCGAGCGACAAUUAAUCAACGGAAAGCUCUGCGACUUCAGCACCACCAUGACCACCCCCCAUUUUGUCAUGAAUAUGGAGAUGCACCCACAUCUGACCCCCCUUGGGAAAGCUAGGAUGGAGUUUGAUCUUUUCUGGUACAGCAUGUACGACUACAUGGUCUUUGACGAAAUGGUUGACGAAUGGAAUGAGGAGCACAGGCUCCAGAAGGACCAAGUCUCAGUCAGGGCACUACCCCAGUUGUAUGGCUCCGACUCUUGGACCUACAAUCUAAGAAAGACGGCAUCUAGGGAGCGUGUCUUUACCCAUGUUGACCCAAGGCUCUACGACUGGAGGGCACCUGCCCGUGAUAGGGAUGAGAGCUCGUCUGGGGGACAAGCCAAUGGUCGGAGCUCAAAGGGUAGUGGCUCUGGUAGGUCUGUCGCAAAGGUCUCCAAGUCACGCCGACGAUUCAAAAAGCCACCUCGAUGGUACUAUGAGGGGAGCGAGGAGCACAUGGCUAAACUGAGACGGUCAAGGAAUCGCGACACCUACUUCGAUUGGGAAUUCAAAAACGGUUUCUUUAUUCCAACGAUGGGACUACGUUACGAGUAG